UGGGGUGCAUUUCCGCCACCUAGUGUGUGGAGUGUGGAGCAUAAAACCUCAGAGAAGCAACAUAGGACGCGUUUAAAAAAAAAAAUAGUGCUGUAAUUAAUAGUACUAUAUCCCAAAUCUAAUAUUCAAUGUUAUUUAUUUUAAAUAAUUUAUUAUGAAGUAAAUAUAAUUAUUUAUAUCGACUUCUUUGGUCCGUUUCAGUCCUCGCUGGCGGUGGCACCCUUUGUUUUGUUUUCGGUCAGGUGGAUCAACUUGAAAAUGGUGUAUAAUGUUGUAUUUCAGGACGGGGUCAACAUGGAUUUAUCUGGUGCUUUUGUUUUUCCCCAACAUUAACGCAAUAAGGUUCAUUGGUCGGUCGGGAUGUGUCUGUGACAGCAGGAGAUGAUGCAGAGUUGUUCUGUUAAGUGGUGGAGACAGCAGAGACUCUAACAAGUAUUAGCAGAACCAAGAGGAGAUCACAAACUUUUUUUUAACAUUUCAUCAAGAGAUUACAACUGGAUGCUUCUUCUCAUUUUUUAUUAUUUUUUUGCUUAAAACUUUUCCCCCCUUUUCGUAUUGUCUCCAUGUGGGAGAGGAAAGACAAAAAGGGCGGAAAACACACUGUAAACUUUGUUUUAUGUGUUAUCGGAUUAAAGAGGAGUUGAAUCGUCAGUUGAUGUCCGUCUGGUUACUACACUGAGUACUACACUCUGGUUACUACACAACGCUUUUUGAUUGAUUGAUUGAUUGAUUGAUUGAUUGCAAUGUAAACGCAUCGCUACUUGGUGUCCAGCUUUCUCGCUUCACUGCUGCAAUGCAGGCAUCAUGUUAUGUUCUGUUUAUUUUUGGAAAUCUGAACAGUUUAAUCUCCGUUAGUUCCGGGUCUUAUGAAAUUAUCCAACACACUGAACAACACAGUCAUAAUUUAAAUGUUGACAUUUUUAAUCGCAGGAUUAAAUCAAUGAUCGUAAUGUCCAUGAGUACAAACAGCCUCCGGUAGAUGUCUUCUUCUUCUUGUGUUUAUUGGAGCUUAGGGUGCAUUUCCACUACCUACUGGAUUGGAGUGUGGAGCAUAAAAUGGUAGGGAAUUAGAGAAACAACAUAGGACAUGUUUUAAAACAUAGUACUGUAAUUAAUAGUACUGUAUCCUAGAUCCAAUAUUCAAUCUAAUUUCUUUUAAAUAAUUUAUUAUGAAGUAAUAAAUUAUUUAUAUUGACUACUUUGGGCCGUUUCAGUCCUCGAUGGCGGUGGCACCCUUUUUGUUUUGUUUUUCGAUCAGAUGGAUCAACUUGAAAAUGGUGUAAAAUGUUGUAUUUCAGGACGGGGUCAACAUGGAUUUAUCUGGUGCUUUUUUUUUUUCACCAACAUUAACGCAAUAAGGGUCAUUGGACGGGAUGUGACUGUGACAGCAGGAGAUGAUGCAGAGUUGUUUUGUCAAGUGGUUGAGACCGCAGAGCCUCUAACAAGUAUUAGGUGGCAAAGACGAACAAAGGAAAAGCCAACAAAUACAGAUAUUCUGAUUAUCACUUCAGGUGGCAAACAGGAAUAUAUAAAUGGAUUGAGGGAUCAACUAAAAUUCGCAGCGAACUUCGCAGGACUGAAUGGCUCAAUUUUAUUAAGUAAUGUUACUGUUUUAGAUGAAGGAAUCUACACCUGCAUCUUCAGUGUGUUUCCAAGUGGACCUUAUAAAACAGAAGUUCGUCUCACAGUACAGGUUCCUCCUGUUGUCAGUGUGACCACCGAUGUUCCUGCUGUUGCUGGUGACACUGAUGUGAUUUUAACAAUCUGCACUGCAGGUGAUGCAAAGCCUGCAGCAGAAGUGUCAUGGAGUCUGGGUGCUUUAAAUAACUCAGUGAAAGUACAAAAUACUGUCACUGUGGACUCUGAAGGAAGAUACACUGUUAAAAGCAGCCUGAUUGUAAAUGCAUCUGUAGAUCUAAACCAGAAGAAGGUUCAGUGUGAGGUUACACACCCUGGUCUGAAGGAGAAACUGGAACUGAGUUACACAUUGAAUGUUCACUAUCCUCCUCAGGUGGUUUAUAUUAAUUCAGCAGGUGAUCAAGGGGAAACUCGUGAAUUUCAGUGUGAAGCAGAUGCUAAUCCAAAACCUACAAACUUCACCUGGAGCAGAUAUUUUCCAGUGAACGACACUCUUUCCAGCGGUGUUAAUAGCAGACUGAUUAUUCAGCUGAACCCUGACAGUAACGGACUUUACUAUUGUGUGGCAUCUAACCAGUAUGGGAAAUCUGUAGGUUCUCUCUACAUGCAUGUUAAACAAUCUUCAGAAUCCAAAACCUGCUGGAUUCUGUACAUCAUAACCCUCAUUGCUGGAGUUUGCUGUUUUCUCAUUUGGAAAUUUAAUGUGCCUCAGUAUUUUAGAAAUAUACUGUGGCCGGAUCCUGUGCCCACUUCAUCUUCAGACCAGGAAGAGGGGCUUUCUAUGAAUGAAUCAAACCCCUCUACUGGGACCGUACCUUGUCGUGGUGGAGGGGCUUAUUCUCCUUCAAGAUGAGGAGAAACCAAAUGGUCCAACAUGCUUUGUAACCUACUGAGUUUCCACAUGUCAAUAUUAAAGGUGGUCAUCUGCUGUCAUGAGCAUGAUUCUUCAACAGGACUAUAGCAACAUAGAAAUGAGAGAAUGACACCCAGGCAUCAGAACCAAGAGGAGAUAAACUUUUUUUAACAUGUGGAGAACAUGCAAACUCCACACACACAGUGAGCGGGAGCGAGACUCGAACCCAGGACGCUGGAGGUGUGAGGCCACCGUGCCACCUACUUAUUAUUACAUAUUAUAUAUAUUUGUUAUUUGCUACACACAUACAGACCUUAGCAGUGUUUCAGAGUUGUAGAUGAUGUGUUACUUAGCAGGUUUUCAGUGUUGCAUUAAGCAUAUUGCGUAUGACUAGCUUGAUGUUACAUUGUAAAAUGUAAGCACCAUAUUUAGUUUUGUAUGUUUGGGGUUUUUGGCCUUGUGAUUAUCCAGUUUGUCCGUUAUAUUCAUCUCUUUGUUGAUCUGCUGUUUAAAGUUGUGUUGAAGGAAUUUUGUUUUCUAAAAAGUUAUAUUUGUAAAGUAAAUAGGAAACAUGUUAUUCUUGCUUACCCUCUCUCCCUAAUUAGCCCCUGAUGUUUUUGGCUCAGCCCGUGAUGUUUUCUAAUCCCAGAAACGCCCCUGACACUGAGCAUGUGUGAGGAAAUGUCAUAUGAUCUAGAGUAAUCUGAUUCCUUGUCUCAUGAGUCAAAAAUGUUUAUAAAUACUAGAGAAUAUUGUCAUGUGUUGGGUUGGAUAGAUUCCCGUUCCUCCUUUUCGUUCAAGUUUUUAUUUUAGAAUUUCCUAUCAUGAACAAGUCCUACUAUAAUUGAAUAAUGAGUGAAACAGUGCGACAUUGUCUGAACAAGUUGUUGGGUGUCAGUUGGGAUACGGUGUGCUUUGUGUGGGACAAAAGUGAUUGUAAAAUGACCAAUUACAAAAGGCUCAAUCAAAAUAUCUACACCAUCAUUUAAAGAACUUGAAUAUGGGCUUGACUGAAAACUAUUUUCAUUUCAUAUAUAAUAAUUACUGUGUUUCUGCUUGUCUGUGUUUACUGUCUGAGCAGUUUCUUUGUCUCAUAAGCAGUAGGAGUAUUUCAGCAAAAAAAGGCCACAGAUCUGCACAUUUUUUCAGCAUGUUCCCACUGCUUCUUCUGCAGAAAACAGCAGGGAAAUAUCUAUGGACUCCUCCUUGACUGUCUUUUGUUAGCAGCAGGCUGGUCAGCUACAACAGUGAUAAGUAAAUUUAACUCCUCAGAACAGUAAACUGUAUAGUCAGUAAUACAGAUUUAACAAAUAAACACAUCUGUAUGUUGACUGGUCUAAAGUAUAUACUGUGAAUUGUGUGAAUUCACCAAAGCAGACCAGGGGACUCGGAAGUAGUGUUCAGCAGGAAUCUUUUACUGGAGAUCAGAACACACUGCAGUGGCACUGUAGUCAUCAAGUCCAGUGAAAAGGCAGGCCUUGAAGGUGUGACAAUAUAAAAGCCUAGAGGUUAUACUCUUAAACAAAGCAUUGAAUGGGAGGAAGAUCACCAGAGUCGACCCCCACCUAUCACCUAAAUCUAAUCUGAUGAUGGCCUUGUCUCAUGAGUUAAAAACAUUUAUGAAAAAUAAUAAAGAACAUUAAUGUGAGAUGUUUACAUAGUCUGUGUGUAGUUUCACCUGUAAGUGAAAGUGAUUUUACGAUUCGUCCACAGUGCCCUACAGUCAAGUGACCUUCUGCUUAUUAGGAAAAUCGCAACAGAUUUCAGAAGCAAUAUUUCGCAUGGGAACACUCAGUAACACUGUCUGUAUAUCUGUAUUGUCAUGGGACACAUUUCAAAUGAAAGUCAUGGGUUAUGCCUCAAGCACAGGGAGGUAGUUUAGACUACAAAUUAGUAUUUGAGAUGAAAAGAUGAAUUUCGGCUAUAAUUUCCAGGUAGAUGGAUCUAGAUUUGCUAAACAACUUGUAGCAUGUCACCUUUAGUGGCAGACCACCCAAUGUUUUGGUGAGCAAAAAAAAAAUGGUACCAACAGUACACAAGACUUAUUUGGUUAUAUAUAUCCCUUGCUUGAUAAAAUUGCAACUGUUGUGUUCUUCUUUUGUGAUGCUUUACCACACUUGUACUGCAGCUUCUUUCAGUUUUUGUUUGUUUUGUAGUGUUUCUCCCUUCAAUUUCCUCUUCAGGAUGUGAAAUGCUGCACAGUUGGGUUUGGUGUAUGGUGAUCGGCCAGUCUAAAACUUUCCACUUUUUCCUCUGAUGAAGGCCUUUUCCUCCUGAUGAAGGCCUUUUCCCCCUGAUGAAGGCCUUUUUUCCCUGAUGAAUGGUUUUCACUUUUCAGCUGCUUUUUUAUUGAUGCACAUUCACACAGCUCUGUGCUGCUUCUCUCUCUCUCUCUCUCUCUCUCUCUGUUCAUCUCUCAAAAAACAUUAGAGUAACCCUGUACAGAUACAGAUCCUUUUCCUUGACACAGUUGCAUAGAUGUGCCUUUGCCAGGGUUAACAGGUUUUAGGUAGAUUUCCAACCAAAAACCAGACAAAAAUUUUUUUCCCCCUUAGCCUUUGUGUGGGAUAUAAGAUUACCAUGGUGUAUACAUAUUUCUGGUGAACAGACAUUAUCUUCUCUCCAUAGAUCUCCCUUUCCUUCUCCCAAUCUUAAAUUUGUGGUAAAUACCUCUGUACAUCAUUAGAAUACUCUCUGCACCUUUGUUUAUGGACAGUUGUCAUAUUUAAUUAUAUUUAUAUUUGCUAUGAAACAAGAUCUUCUACUAUUAGUUCCCAUCCCUUUUUUUGACCACUAGGUACAUUAACUCUAACUCGAUGGAUAAUUGAGCAAAAACAAUUGUCAAAUCAACAGAAAAUCUGUCAAAUAGUAAAAUUUGUUGGUUGAUCAAAAGAUGAGACAGACAGAAUAUUUAAGCUUCUACAAUCAUUAGUUUCCUCAUAAUGAUUAGCGAGCUUGAUCCAGAAACAGUAAUUCAAGCCACUAUCACUAGCCACAAUGACACUAACUCCACUGUUCUUGAGAUUCCACUGAAUAUUCCAGUAGAAUUUACAAUGUAUUGAGAUGUGAAUUAAGCCUUGUAUACUUUUAACAUUUAGUAAAUUGCUGAUAUAAAUUGCAGGAUCCUGCUCUACUUGCCCCAGUAGACAAGCUGCCAUGGGUUAGCUUAGCAAUGUUUCCUCUUAAAACAGAUGUUUCCUCUGUGAAAACCAUUGGGCUGAAAAUAACAUUCUGGUAUUUUAGGCAAGAGUGAACUUUGUUUUGAGAAGUGGGGGAGGACACAAAAUGGGGGAAAAUGUUUUUUAUUUGAAUCCCAUUUCCUGCAUUUACAUACAUUCAGGGACUAUGGUGAUAUAAAAUACAGGACAUAAUUAAGUUGAUUAUAAUGAUGAAUUCUGCCAAAAACAAUAGUAGGCUGCUAAACUAUGUAUAUAAAAAAGAUGUCGUACUUUCUUUAUUGUUUAAUAGGGGCCGAUCACCAAGACUUGAGAGAAUCAUUUUAUAGUCAAAAAUGUUCACCAUUAAUGUUUUGUGUGUGAAUAAAAUUUAAAUAAUGUGAGACUCAAUUUCUACUGCUAAACAAACUUUUAUUGUAACUAAGCACUGUACCUGAAAAUGUAAAGUAAAUCAAAUGUUGCAGAGGACGUUUGUCAGAGACAUAUCCACCAAACGGCAGGGGUUUUGAAUAGAAACAGCAAAAUGCUUUUAUGAACUGUGUGUUGAAUCACUAUUUUGUAAUAUCAGUUGCAGAUAGACAGCAGCAAAAUUAAUAUGUAAUUAUAUGAAAAUGUUGGUCAUUACUUUAAUAAUUGUCUUUCAUGUAUAACAACCACCCUUAGUUAAUGAACAAAUUAAAAAAAUACAUUCCUGGUGCUAAUUUUCUGUGCAGCACAAAUACCUAAAGUAGUUCAUUUUUAUGCAUCCAAAACUGCAUUAUACCAGGGUAGGAAAUAAUGAUCUGUAAUCCAAAAGGAUGUGAAAAUUGAUAACACAAUAGAUGCACUACUUAUUUGGUAAACAGGAUGAAAGAUUGUCACACAAUCUCACAAACAUUAAAAUUUUUUAAAAGUUAAAAAUUAACUUUAAUAUACAGAAAUUUUUUUUAUUGCCCUCUAUCUAUCCAUUCAAUCCCUCUCCAUGUAUCCUAACUAUCCACCUCAUCUGUCAUCUGAUAAGAAAAUGACUGAGUUAUGAUCAUAUUGAGUCUAACAUUAAACUAGCAUCCAGAGUCAGACAUUGCUGACAGAAACUGUGCGGUUUAAAGUGAACUCGUUUUCAUGGUACACAGAAUGAUCUAAUCUACAUUAAAUAUUUAGCUAACAGUCUGAAGGUACCUAGCAACAAGAGUGUAUGUUAAUGUUAGCUAAGUCAACAUUAGGCUAACAUCAACAGGUGUAAACAGUAAAUAUGAUUAUCCUGACCUUAGCUAAUUUAUUCACAGGCAGACUCUGUAUCCUGCUCGGUCCUGCUCCUCCAGGGCAAUGAUGGCGUGCAGUUAAAAAAUCAUAACGAAUUUAAAAUUGAAAUUUUGUGGCUUAGUGGUUAGCACCUUUGCCUCACACCUCCUGGGUUUGAGCCUCACUCCCGCUCACUUUUACAUUGAUCUUGUUUACAUUUUAAAUAUUUUAUAAAUACUUUUAAAUAUUUAUAACCGUUCACUUGGUCACUUUAACUAAAUGUAUCUGUUGUAACUUAAAUUACUUUGUUACUUCUACAUAUAUAUUCAAUGUCCUAACCUGUUUCUAUCUGUCUUUGCAUCCACUGUUAACACUGCUUUUUUUUUUUUUUUUUUGCACAAGAGUCAGCGUUAUAUGUCUUGUCUGUCUGCACUGUCUUGUCAUGUGUCUUGUGCACUUAUGUUGUAUGUUUAGUUUGUAAAGAAUGCACCUUGUAGGAAUAGUUUAGUUUAGUUCUGUUUGUCCAUGUCAACUGUACUUUGUUUUCAUUCUGUGUAGCACCUCUGGUCUAGGAGGAACAUUGUUUCACUUCAUUGUGUACUGCAUCAGCUAUAUAUGGUUGAAGUGACAAUAAAGCUCUUUUGACUUUGA